GGAUUACAGUAAUGGCAGAAGAAAGAAAGAACUCUGUCUCUCUCCACACUCCAGCACAAGAACCAUGCCCCAACGCCGUCGUCGUCUCUCUCUAGAGUACAUUUGAGUUUUGAAUUGUAAUCCAGAUAGAGCUUUUACAGGAACCUAAUCCAGAUCCUACGACUAGAUUGAUUGGAGUUAGGAAACCCGUUCAAUCUCUCUUUCUCUCUUUCAUUCGCAAGAAAAUAUUGAGACUAGUGUUUUGACUAGGGGGCGCCCACACAAAGAUGAAGCAGACUAGUGAGAUUAUUGUCAAUCCCAAGAAGCUCAAAUACACUCUUUUCGGAUUGAUCGUGUUCUUGGGACUCAUUUGUCUACACUACAAUUCCUUUUUCACUCCUGGCUCACUGGUGGACGACUACGCCGCCGCUGCCAACGAGGGGACCGAUCCCGUUAUCAGGAGAUUUGCUUCGGGACAAGAAGACCUCGCCUACGAAGCGUUGCCAGACAAGAUUCAUAACUUCCAAAUCUCCAAGAGUAUUCCCAUAUGCGAUAUGAAGCACUCAGAAUUAAUCCCUUGCUUGGAUAGAAAUCUGAUAUAUCAGCUAAAAUUGAAGCUCAAUCUGACGCUAAUGGAGCACUACGAAAGGCAUUGUCCCCCAUCUGAAAGGCGUUACAAUUGUCUUAUUCCUCCUCCAACCGGUUACAAGAUCCCUAUUAGAUGGCCGGCUAGCAGAGAUGAGGUAUGGAAAUCAAAUAUACCACACACGCAUCUAGCUCAAGAGAAAUCUGAUCAGAAUUGGAUGGUUGUAAACGGAGAUAAAAUCAAAUUCCCCGGCGGAGGAACACAUUUUCAUUACGGAGCGGACAAGUACAUAAGUUCUAUUGCUGGGAUGCUAAAGUUCCCAGCUGACAAUCUCAAUAACAGAGGAAAUAUUCGGAAUGUGCUUGAUGUGGGUUGUGGAGUUGCAAGUUUCGGGGCUUAUCUUCUUUCUCUAGACAUUAUAUCCAUGUCUCUUGCUCCUAACGAUGUUCACCAAAACCAAAUACAGUUUGCAUUAGAGAGGGGGAUUCCAUCCACCCUUGGUGUCUUGAGUACAAAAAGGCUCCCGUUUCCAAGCAGAUCAUUUGAACUUGCUCAUUGUUCUCGGUGUCGGAUUGACUGGCUUCAAAGGGAUGGAAUUCUCUUGUUGGAACUAGAUAGGCUUUUGAGACCAGGAGGAUAUUUCGUGUACUCCUCUCCUGAAGCAUAUGCACAUGAUCCCGAGAACAGAAGGAUUUGGAAUGCUAUGUAUGAUCUUUUGAGAAGAAUGUGCUGGAGAGUUGUCUCUAGGAAAGAGCAGACUGUUAUAUGGGCUAAGCCACUCAGCAAUAGCUGUUACUUGAAAAGAAAUUCAGGAAUCCACCCUCUAUUGUGUAGUUCUAGUGAUGAUCCGGAUGCUAGCUGGAAUAUGCUUAUGAAGCCAUGUAUCACUGCCUACUCAACAAAAAUGCACAGAGAAAAAGGGAGUGGACUUGCACCAUGGCCUAGGAGGCUUACAGUGCCACCUCCACGGCUUGAAGAGAUUCAUGUUAGUCCUAAUGAAUUUGAAGAGGACACUAAUAUAUGGCAUUAUAGAAUAACUGACUACUGGAAGCAGAUUAGACCUGUUAUGAUUAAUGCUUCCUUUAGAAAUGUUAUGGAUAUGAAUUCGAAUCUAGGUGGGUUUGCUGCUGCCCUCAAAGACGAAGAUGUUUGGGUGAUGAAUGUUGCUCCAGUCAAUUCUUCAUCCAGAUUAAAGAUUGUUUAUGACCGUGGGUUGAUUGGCACUGUUCAUGACUGGUGUGAAUCGUUCUCUACAUAUCCACGCACAUAUGAUCUUCUUCAUGCAUGGACAGUUUUCUCAGAAAUUGAGGCACGCGGAUGUAGUUUGGAGGAUUUGUUGAUUGAGAUGGACCGCUUGCUCAGGCCUAAUGGGUUUGUCAUAAUAAGGGAUAGGCCCUCCAUUGUGAGUGUAAUAAGAAAAUACUUGCCUAUCCUGAAAUGGGAUGGAUGGUCAUUGGAGGUUGAACCAAGGAUUGAUUCCCUAUCUCUUAAUGAGGAGAGAGUUCUAAUAGCAAGAAAGAAACUAUGGAGUGGUGAAGAUGUUGCAAAUACUUGAAUUGUCUUCAUCUUUUAGUAGGAAGGAUUAGCAUGAUGGGUCAAAAAUUGUGAUUGCUGGCAAAAGCUUCCUCGAGAAUGAUUUGCACAAUGAAGAGAGCGGCGAUCAAUCUGCUGAGCAUGUUUCACCAGGCAUAUAUGGUUCAAGUGUAAACAGAUACAACCUCUAUUUAACUGAAACAUGGUCACUGGGUGCAAAGUUAUGGACUUUGUAGUUUUCUUUACAGCAUUUUUAAUAUGAUGGAUGAUGUUAAAAGAUAUGUAUAUCUUUAGUCACAGGAAACAUAUAAGAUGCUCAAAU